UAGAGAUUCAGACUUCAGACUGGAUAUUUGGGAAAUUCGAGUCAUUUUAUCCUGUCCUCCAAGAAAAAAGGGGGAAAAAACUGGAAAAAUUUCUUCCAUUUCCGUAAUUUCUCCAUCUCUCUGCUUUCGGUUCACUUGAUGGCUUCGACGAAUGCUUUAACCGCUCAGUUUACGAACUUGCACUGUCUAAAUGACCGCAGAAACCCCAGUUGCUCUUCAAUCUCCUUCUGUAAUAGACUAAAUUCAAAUGCAAUUCCAGUUGGUCUACCAAGUUUAUCUUGGCCUCGAAGGAGAUCUAGGCAUAUUCAGAAACCUUUACAUGUUUAUAGUUUAUUUGGAGGGAAAAAGGACAACAAUGAGAAAAGUGAAGAUGCACCAUCGAAGGCAGGAAUUUUAGGAAACAUGCAGAAUCUAUAUGAAACCGUUAAGAAGGCACAGAUGGUUGUCCAAGUUGAAGCAGUGCGUGUACAGAAAGAACUUGCUGCAGCAGAGUUCGAUGGUUAUUGUGAAGAUGAGCUAAUAAAGGUAACACUAUCUGGAAACCAGCAGCCUGUACGUACUGAGAUCACUGAGGCUGCAAUGGAAUUAGGAGCAGAAAAGCUGUCACUUUUGGUCACAGAAGCAUACAAAGAUGCCCACCAGAAAAGUGUUCAGGCAAUGAAGGAGAGGAUGAAUAAUCUUGCACAAAGUUUAGGCAUGCCAUCAGGCCUUGGUGAAGGCCUAAAAUGAAGACGGUAUUCCGUGAGCUUCAAUUUUGUAUACUAGUUGGAUCAAAAUGGUCAUAAACAGUGACCAUACUGUGGGUAUCUCAUCUACUUCAAUGGAGACCAUUAUCUUUGUCCUUGCUAGAAGUAUUUAAGUAUUGAGUAUAACAUGUUUCUUGAAUACAUAUUGUUUUUUGGUUAUAAUUACAUCAAUUCAAUAAUUAAGUUCUUGCUCUCUUGUUGUGGCAA